CUGAGUGCUCCGACUGUCACCUUGAUGCUCCACAAGGACGCGAUGCUGGAGGAGGGUGGUGAGGAGGGUGGUGAGGAGGAGGAGUGUGGUAGUGAGCGUGAGGACUACGAACAUGACGACAAAGAUGGCUACGAGAAUGACUACGACGACGAUGAUGACGACGAUGAGGGUGAUGGCGGCGAUGGCGGUGGCGACGAGGGAGAGCGGUGGGAGCUGUCCGUGCGGGUCUCCAUGAGGAGCGAGUGGAGGAGGAGGAUGGCGCAGAGUGGCGUGCACUACCAUCUACAAGCCGAGGUCUCCACAAGGAGGGGUGUGACUAGCACGGAGCGCUUUGUGGGAUGUCGCUACCGCCACGCUGCCUCAGCCUGCAGCGGCCGUGUCGCCUCCAUCAGCUCGCUGGUGGCCAUGGCGACGCUGCUGGUGACGCUGCUGGUGCUGGUGCUGGCGCUGGUGUGCACCGUGCGGGACAGACGGAGCCCCGGCAAUCGUCCCGGUGAGCGGCGGCUACACAGAUGUUGA